AACAUGUCCUCACCUUUCCUUUGGAGUUUGGUUAUUUUAUUGAUGCUAGCUGAAUUGGGUGGCGAAGCUGGAGCACCUGGAAAGCUGCAAAAAAGAACUGCUGACCCCCACCAACCUCGGAUGACUACGGAGGGGGGAAAUUUAGUGUUUCUUACCGGGUCUGCACAGAACAUUGAAUUUAGAACUGGAUCUCUUGGAAAAGUUAAAUUAAAUGAUGAAGACCUUGGCGAAUGUUUACACCAGAUCCAGACUAACAAAGAUGAUAUUAUAGAUUUGAAAAGAAAUGCAGCUAGCCUUCCUCAAAAUAUAUCUAGUCAAGUCUAUCAGCUUAAUUCCAAGCUUGCGGACCUUGAGAGAAAAUUUCAAAGCUUACAGCAGACAGUAGAGAAAAAGGACUGCAGUAGCAAUCCCUGCCACCACGGUGGCACCUGCAUCAAUCUGCACGGCUCCUUUUUGUGUAUCUGUCCCCCGCAGUGGCAGGGUUCUUUCUGCUCAGAGGAUGUUAAUGAAUGUGUGAUUUACUCAGGAACACCCUUCAGCUGCCAGAGUGGAUCCACAUGUGUGAACACAUUCGGGAGCUUCAGAUGCGACUGCACACCCGAUACGUAUGGACCCCAGUGUGCGUCCAAAUAUAAUGACUGUGAAAGGGGCUCCGAGAACCUCUGUGAGAACGGUAUCUGUGAGGAUUUAGAGCGAGUGCAGCAUGCACAGCCCAACUUUAGAUGCAUCUGUGAUGCUGGGUGGACAACCAUGCCAAGUGGUACCUCCUGUACAGUGGACAAAGACGAAUGCAGCCUCCAGCCUUCACCCUGUUCAGAGCAUGUGCAGUGUUUCAACACGCAAGGCUCUUUCUACUGUGGGGCCUGUCCAACAGGCUGGCAAGGAAAUGGGUAUGAAUGUCAAGAUAUAAAUGAGUGUGAUAUAAACAAUGGCGGCUGUUCAGUGGCUCCCCCUGUUCCGUGUCAGAACACACCUGGAUCUUUUACCUGUGGAAACUGCCCAGCAGGAUACAGUGGUGAUGGAAGAGUGUGCACUCUCCUGGACAUCUGCUCCGUCAAUAAUGGAGGCUGUCACCCAGAUGCAUCCUGCUCCUCAACUCUAGGUUCCUUGCCUCUUUGUAUCUGUCCCCCAGGAUAUACAGGAUAUGGUUAUGGACCAAAUGGUUGUGCACAGCUCAGUAGUACUUGUUCAAGUGACCCGUGUGUAAAUGGACAGUGCACAGACACAGUCUCUGGUUAUUUUUGUAAGUGUGAGCCAGGCUGGUCUGGAACCAACUGCACAGAAAACAUUAAUGAGUGUCUGAGCAGCCCCUGUUUGAACGGGGGGACCUGUGUUGAUGGCAUUAGUGGCUUCACUUGUGAUUGCACAGGCUCCUGGACUGGCUAUUACUGUCAGAUCCCCCAGCAAGCUUGUGGAGGCUCCAUUUCAGGGACACAAGGAACCAUUGCUUACCAGAGCCCAGAUACUGGCUAUGCUCAUGAUAUUAACUGUUUCUGGGUUAUCCGAACUGAUGAGGAAAAGUGUGGGGGCAUAUUGGCUGGUACUUACGGUUCUAUCACAUCUCCGGGGUACCCUGGAAACUAUCCGCCAGGAAGAGAUUGUGUCUGGCAAAUUCUGACUAGUCCUGGCCUCUUGAUAACAUUUACUUUUGGGACCUUGAGCCUGGAGAGCCACACUGACUGCAGUAAAGACUACCUAGAGAUUCGAGACGGUCCUUUCCAUCAGGAUCCGGUUCUUGGUAAAUUCUGUACUUCUCAGUCUACCCCACCACUGCAGACGACAGGCCCUUCUGCUAGAGUUCAUUUCCAUUCUGACAAUGACAUUACUGACAAAGGCUUCCAUAUCACCUACCUAACCACACCUUCCAAUCUACAAUGUGGCGGAAACUUCACAGAUACAGAGGGUGAGGUCCUCCUCCCUGUCUUGUCUGGGCCAUUUGAUCACAGCACACAAUGUGUUUAUCUCAUCAUGCAGCCCAAGGGGGAGCAAAUAGAUGUCAACUUCACCCACGUGGAGCUGGAAAGCCAGAUGGGCUGUUCUCACACUUACAUUGAGGUUGGAGAUGGUAACAACUUACUCCGAAAGGUCUGUGUCAACGAAAUCCUCUCUCCCAUUAGAUCCAUUACUAACAACAUCUGGAUCAGGCUGAAAAUAGAUCCUUCUGUCCAGAAAGCUAGUUUCAGAGCUGCUUAUCAAGUUGCUUGUGGGGGUGAAUUAACUGGAGAAGGAGUGAUUCGCUCUCCGUUUUAUCCUAACAUCUAUCCUGGAGAAAGAACCUGUAGGUGGACCAUCACCCAGCCCCAGAAACAAAUUGUUCUUCUCAACUUCACUGACUUUCGGACAGAUGGUUCUGCCUCUUGUGAUACAGAUUAUAUUGAGAUUGGUGCCAAUUCCAUCUUGGGGUCCCCUGAAAAUAAGAAGUAUUGUGCCACAAACAUAACUUCAUUUAUAACAUCUGUGUACAAUAUUCUUCAUGUGACAUUUGUGAAAAGUUCUUCUACGGUAAAUCAUGGUUUCAUGGCGAAAUUCAGCGCUGAGAAUUUGGUGUGUGGAGAAGUUCUUACAGGACCAACUGGAACCAUUCUAAGUCCUGGCCAUCCAAACAACUACCCCCAUGGUGUUAAUUGCACCUGGCACAUCGCAGUCCAACCUGGCCAACUGAUCCGGCUGAUGUUCGAUGAAUUUCACCUGGACUUUCAUUACAAUUGCACAAGUGACUACAUAGAAGUCUAUGAUGUUCUCUCUGAUAUAUCUCUUGGGAGAUAUUGUGGAAAAUCCGUCCCACCUUCCCUUACCAGCAUCUCCAACUCGGUGGAACUGAUCUUUGUGUCUGACUCUGACCUUGCCCAUGAAGGAUUUUUAAUAGAGUAUGAAGCAAUUGAUACAUCAACAGCAUGCUUCCAAGACUAUACAGAAAAUACUGGGGAGCUCAGUUCUCCAAACUUCCCCAAUCCAUACCCCAGUAACUGCGACUGCAUUUAUACAAUCACAGUGGGACCAAAUCAACAGAUUGCAUUACACUUCACAAACUUCUCCUUAGAGGACCUCCCUUCUGGAACAUGUGUAGAUUUUGUGGAAAUCAGAGAUGGAGGCUAUGAAAGUUCACCAUUCCUUGGAAGGUACUGUGGCUCAAAUCUGCCUCCAACAAUCAUCUCUCACAGUAACAAACUGUGGUUAAGAUUUCGGAGUGACCUGGUAUACGAAAUGAUGGGUUUCUCAGCUUUCUGGGAUGGAUCAUUAACUGGCUGUGGAGGCAAUCUCACUACUUCCACAGGGCUAUUUACGUCUCCCAACUACCCGAUGCCCUACUACCACAGCUCUGAAUGCUACUGGUGGUUAAAAGCCAACCCUGGCAGCCCUUUCAAACUGGAAUUCAAUGACUUCCACUUGGAGCAUCAUCCCAGCUGCUCUUUGGAUUAUCUGGCUGUGUAUGAUGGCCCAAGUACCAGCUCACAUCUGCUAAGUAAGCUUUGUGGGGAUACGACACCAGCUCCUGUCAUCUCCAGUGGAGACAGCAUGUUAUUAAAACUGAGGACCAAUGAAGGGCAGCAAGGACGUGGCUUUGAGGUCACAUACUCACAGACAUGUGACAAUGUGGUCAUAGUGAAUCAAACUUAUGGAGUCUUAGAAAGCAUAAAUUAUCCACAUCCUUAUUCUGGUAAUCAGCGUUGCAACUGGACCAUCCAAGCAUCAAAGGGUAACACUGUGAACUACACAUUUACAGCAUUUGAAAUGGAAGAGGGGGAAAACUGCUCCUUAGAAUAUUUAGAGGUAGGUGAUAGACCAACUUGGGGAGGAAAGUACUGUGGAAACAAUCUCCCGCCUCCUGCAGCCCGGGAGCACUCACAAUUGCACAUUCUUUCCAGGGGAUUCCACCAGCCUGGUCUUCAUAGCAAAGCACAGGGUUUAAGGGUGCCAUGGUUCACCCACAGCUGUGGUGGGGAGAUGUCUGGAGACAUGGGCUCCUUCAGCAGCCCUGAGUACCCUAACAAAUACCCUCCCAACAAGGAGUGUAUCUGGUACAUCCGCACAGCUCUAGGGAGUAGCAUCCAGCUCACCAUCCAUGACUUCGAUGUGGAAUAUCAUUCAGCCUGCAACUUUGACACCCUGGAGAUCUAUGGCGGUCCUGAUUUCCACUCUCCAAGAUUGGCUCAGUUGUGUGACCGAACAUCAUCUGUGAACCCCAUGCAGUUCUCCAGCACUGGAAAUGAGAUAGCAAUCCGAUUUAAGACUGAUAACUCCGUAGAUGGGAGAGGCUUCAACGCUUCCUGGAGAGCAGUCCCUGGAGGUUGUGGUGGAAUUUUCCAGUCUCCAAGAGGAGAGAUUCAUUCUCCAAAUUACCCCAGUAAUUAUAGGGCUAACACUGACUGCUCUUGGAUCAUUAAAGUUGAAAAACAUCACCGAGUUCUCUUGAACAUCACAGACUUUGACCUUGAAACUUCAGACACUUGCUUUAUGAUAUACGAUGGGUCAAGCUACACAACCACCCGCGUCGCAGAUGUGUGUGGAAGGCAGCGACCUCCUAACUCCAUCACCUCGUCAGGAAAUAGCCUCUUUGUGAAAUUCCAGGCUGGCUCCUCCAGACAGAGCAGGGGCUUCCGAGCUGAAUUCAGGCAAGUGUGUGGAGGCUACAUCCUCACUGACUCUUCGGGUAGUAUUUCCUCUCCACUGUUCCCGAAGGCAUAUCCGUCCUACCAGAACUGCAGCUGGAUAAUUCAAGCUCAACCUCCAUUCAAUCACAUCACUCUCUCCUUCACCCAGUUUGUACUUGAAAACAGCAUGGACUGCACACGUGACUUUUUAGAAAUUUUGGAUGGUAACGACUAUGAUGCACCUGUUCGAGGCCGAUACUGUGGCUCCUCCCUACCCCACCCCAUCACAUCCUCAGGCAAUGCCUUGACACUGAAGUUCAUCACUGAUUAUGGAGCCAAUUUUAAUGGUUUUCAUGCCAUAUAUUCUGCAACAACUUCGGCUUGUGGUGGAACCUUCCACAUGGUUGACGGUACCUUCAACAGCCCUGGCUACCCAGACUAUUACCCGGCUUAUGUGGAAUGUGUCUGGGACAUUGUCAGUUCCCCUGGCAACCAGCUGCAGCUGUCCUUUAUAUCUUUCCAGUUAGAGAACUCUCAGAACUGUAACAGAGAUUUUGUGGAGAUCCGGGAAGGAAAUGCCACUGGUCACUUGUUGGGACGAUACUGUGGAAACUCCCUCCCUCACAAUUACUCAUCUAUUAUGGGGCACAGUCUGUGGAUCAGAUUUGUCUCUGAUGGUUCAGGCAGUGGCACAGGAUUCCAGGCCACUUUUAAUAAGAUGUUUGGCAGUGAUAAUAUUGUGGGAACUCAUGGGAGAAUCGCAUCUCCCCUCUGGCCUGGAAAUUACCCCCAUAACUCCAAUUACAGAUGGACAGUAAAUGUUAAUGCAUCACAGGUGAUCCACGGUAGAAUCUUGGAAAUGGACAUUGAAACAACGCAUAACUGUUAUUAUGACAAAUUAAUGAUUUAUGAUGGGAUUGACACUCAUUCCCGCCUGAUUGGCACCUACUGUGGUGCCCAGACAGAAUCCUUCAGUUCCAGUAGGAACUCCUUGACAUUCAAAUUUUCUUCUGAUUCUACAGUCUCAGGGAGGGGAUUCCUUCUGGAGUGGUUUGCAGUAGAUGCUUCUAGUGGACCUUUACCUACCGUUGCUACAGGUGCUUGUGGAGGAUUCCUGGUGACGGGAGACACUCCCAUCUAUCUUUUCUCCCCGGGUUGGCCUCAAUCCUACAAUAAUAGUGUUGACUGUACAUGGCUCAUCCAAGCUCCUGAGUCUACUGUGGAACUCAACAUCCUCUCCAUGGACAUCGAAUCUCACCAAAGAUGUGCCUAUGACAGCCUGGUCAUUAGAGAUGGAGACAAUAACAUAGCCCAGCCGCUGGCCAUCCUCUGUGGCAGAAACAUCCCCGGGCCCAUCCGAUCUUCGGGAGAGUACAUGUUCAUCCGUUUCACCUCUGACAGCAGCCUCACUAGGACAGGCUUCAACGCAUCCUUUCACAAGACCUGUGGGGGCAAUAUCUACAUCCAUGAUGCUGGAUCUGCUGGAUAUGUGACCUCCCCCAACUACCCUGCCAAUUACCCCCAGCAUGCAGAAUGCAUUUGGAUCCUGGCAGCUCCUCCAGGAACAAGCAUACAGUUGCAGUUUGAAGAUCAAUUCAAUAUUGGAGAAACACCUAACUGUGCUUCGAGUUACCUUCAAUUGCGGGAUGGAGCAGAUUCAAAUGCACCAGUUCUUUCCACAUUUUGUGGGCCGUCUUUGCCCCGUAGCCAGAUGUCCUCAAGAGAAGUUAUGUACUUGAGAUUCCAGUCUGGCAAUGGUUCCAGCCACGUGGGAUUCAAGGCCAAAUAUUCUAUAGCCACAUGUGGAGGAACGGUCACAGGGGAAAGUGGAGUCAUUGAGAGUGCUGGGUACCCCACCCUUCCAUAUACGAACAACGUUCUCUGUCAGUGGCAUCUCCAGGGCCUCCCAGGACACUAUCUCACCAUUCGUUUUGAAGAUUUUAACCUUCAGAGUUCCCCUGCCUGUGACAAAGACUUUGUGGAGAUCUGGGAAAACCAUACCUCCGGAAGUGUUUUGGGCAGAUACUGUGGAAACAGCCUUCCAGGCAGCAUAGAUACUUCCAGCAAUGUCGCUUCCGUCAGGUUUGUCACGGAUGGCUCCGUAACGGCCUCAGGAUUUAGACUGCAGUUCAAAUCCAGCAGAGAAGUGUGUGGUGCAGAGCUACAGGGCCCUACUGGAACAUUCACUUCUCCCAACUACCCAAACCCAAAUCCUCAUGCCAGGUUCUGUGAAUGGAUGAUCACUGUGCCGGAAGGAAGGCGGGUCAUCCUGACUUUUACCAAUCUGAGGCUGGACAUAAACCCAUCCUGUGACAAUGAGUACCUGACUAUAUUCAAUGGCAUCAGAAGUAAUUCACCCCGGAUACAGAAACUGUGUGCCCGGGUGAAUGUGAGCAACGAGGUGAAAUCUUCAGGAAACACAAUGAGAGUCGUGUUUUUCACUGAUGGAUCCCGGCCAUAUGGAGGCUUCACUGCCUCCUACACAUCCAGUGAAGAUGCAGUGUGUGGCGGAACACUCCCAAGUGUCUCUGGUGGAAAUUUUACAUCUCCUGGCUAUAAUGGAAUCAAUAGUUAUGCAAGAAACCUAGACUGUGAAUGGAUGCUCAGGAGUCCAAAUCAGCAAAAUUCAUCCAUUCACAUCCAUUUUGUAGAAUUCUCCCUUGAAAGUCACCAAGACUGCAUAUUUGAUGUCCUGGAGUUUCGAGUGGGUGAUGCUGAUGGGCCCCUGAUAGAGAAGUUUUGCAGCCUUUCAGCACCACAAGUGCCACUGGUUAUCCCCCACCCUCAGGUGUGGAUACACUUUGUCACCAAUGAUCGUGUAGAAUAUACUGGCUUCAGCGUAGAGUACUCCUUUACAGAUUGUGGUGGGAUACAGACAGGUGAGAGUGGAGUGAUCUCAAGCCCCAACUAUCCAAACAUUUAUAGUCGCGGGAGCUACUGUUCGUGGUUGUUGGAUGCCCCAGAAGGACAUACCAUCACUCUUACGUUCAGUGACUUUGAUAUUGAGAGUCAUUCAACUUGUGCUUGGGAUGCUGUCACUGUUAGGAAUGGUGGCUCCCCUGGGUCACCCAUCAUAGGACGGUACUGUGGAAGGACAGCCCCUGGGCCGAUACAUUCUGGUUCUAAUCAGCUUGUGGUGACUUUUACCACAAACCACUUAGGACAAAGUGGUGGAUUUUACGCUACAUGGAACACACAAACUUUAGGUUGCGGUGGAACGUUUCAUUCAGAUAAUGGUACAAUCAGAACCCCACAUUGGCCUCAGAAUUUUCCCCCCAACAGCAGAUGCUCCUGGACAGCCAUCACUCAUGAGAGUAAACACUGGGAGAUCAGCUUUGACAGCAACUUCCGAAUCCCCAGCAGUGGUGGCCAGUGUCAGAGCAGCUUUGUGAAGGUCUGGGGAGGAACCACGCAAACCAACAAAACCCUAUUAGCCACAAGCUGUGGGAACGUGGCUCCAAGUCCCAUCAUCACACCAAGAAACACAUUCACCACGGUCUUCCAGUCUCAGGACUUACCAGCCCAGGGCUUUUCUGCAUCCUUUAUAAGCCGAUGUGGACGUAACUUCACUGGCUCUACAGGUGACAUCCUCUCUCCAAACUUCCCAAAGCAAUAUGACAACAACAUGAACUGCACCUACAUCAUAGAGGUUGAAUCUCGAACUCUGGUCAUCUUGACUUUUGUGUCUUUCCAUUUGGAAGAUCGCUCUGCCAUCACUGGAAGCUGUGAUCAUGAUGGCCUGCACAUCAUCAAAGGACACAGCCUCUCUUCCACUCCUGUGGUUACCCUGUGUGGUUCUGAGUCCUUGGGCCCCCUCACCAUGGUUGGCCCCGUGUUGCUCAAUUUCUACUCAAAUGCAUAUGCCACAGACUUUGGGUUCAAGAUCUCCUAUAGGACCACCACCUGUGGUGGAAUAUACAACAGAUCCACUGUGCUCCUCAAGAGUCCUUCCUACUCCUACACCAACUACCCAAACAACGUCUACUGUGUCUACAGUAUCCACGUUAGAAGCAGCAGAGUGGUUCUGGUUAGGUUCAGUGAUUUCGACGUGGCUCCUUCCAGCCUCUGUGCUCAUGACUACCUGGAGGUCUAUGAUGGUUCCAGCACUGGAAAUCGGUCUCUUGGAAAAUUCUGUGGUUCUAGGGUUCCACAAGAUAUUAAGAGCAGCAGUAAUAGCCUGACCUUGCUGUUCAAGACAGAUUCUUCUCACACAGCAAGAGGUUGGAAGUUAAUUAUCCGGGAGACAUUAGGGGUGCAGCAUGGAUGUGGUGGUUACUUGACAGAUCCUGGCAGUAGCUUUGUCUCUCCCGACAUUGAUUCAAAUAGACACUAUGACAAAGGUUUAAACUGCAUAUGGUACAUAACUGCACCAGAAAACAAACUCAUUCAGCUCACUUUCAACAAGUUUGUUCUGGAGUUACCAGCGUCACCGGGGAGAUGCAAUUAUGAUUAUGUACAGAUAUUCGAUGGUGGGAGCAUAAGGUCAAAUUUAGGUGGAAGGUUUUGUGGUUCCAUUGUACCAGCUCCUUUCAUCUCUUCUGGAAACUUCCUCACUGUUCAAUUUGUCACUGACUUGACUUUUGAAAGAGAAGGAUUUAAUGCAACAUAUACCUUCGUGGACAUGCCUUGUGGUGGAACGUACAAUGCAACGUGGACCCCACAAAACACUUCAUCACCUCAUUUAUCAAACACCAGGCGUCCAUCUUCCACCUGUACUUGGGUCAUUGAAGCUCCUCCACACCAGCAGGUCAAGAUAACUGUGUGGAAAUUACAGUUGCACUCGCAGGACUGCUCACAGAACUACCUAGAGCUUCAGGAUUUGUCACAGAGUAAUGGCAACUCAGUGACUCAAUUCUGUGGUGCAAACUUCACAACGUUACCAGCAUUUUAUUCUUCAAGGAGUACUGCAAUCGUCAUUUUCAAAGCUGAAGUGUUAAACACAGACUCUAUAGUGAGUUUCACCUAUCAGAUUGCAGAUUGCAACAGACAGUACAACCAAACAUUUGGCACUGUGAAGAGUCCUGGAUGGCCAGAUAACUACAACGAUAACCUCGACUGCAUUAUCGUUCUCAGAGCCCCGCAGAACCAUACCAUUUCCCUCUUUUUCCAUUCUUUUGCUGUUGAAGCUUCAGGAGACUGUGCAAAUGAUUUCUUGGAGGUAAGAAAUGGUGGUGAUAGCAGCUCGCCCUUGCUCGACAAAUACUGUGGAACUCUUCUACCAAACCCUGUCUUCUCUCAAAGCAAUGAGCUGUACCUGCGGUUUAAGAGCAACAGCGCUCUCUCCAAUCAUGGAUACAAAAUUAUCUGGACCUCAUCACCAACUGGCUGCGGAGGGACCCUUUUUGGUGACAGUGGCUUGUUCACCAGCCCUGGCUACCCUGACGCCUACCCAAACAACACUCAGUGUGAAUGGACCAUCGUUGCUCCUGCUGGAAGGCCUGUCACCGUCAGAUUUUUCUUCAUCUACAUCGACGAUCCAAGCAACUGUAUCCAUAACUAUCUCAUACUCUACAAUGGGCCUGACGCCAACUCUCCACCCUUUGGACCAUACUGUGGAGGAGGCAGUAACAUAGCUCCCUUUAUGGCAUCCUCAAAUCGGGUCUUCAUAAAAUUUCAUGCUGAGUAUUCAGUGCCUGGAUCUUCAUUCCAGUUAACAUGGGACAGCUAAGUAAGGAGAGCUGUGUGCUUCCUGUGCACUGUUCACUCUGCCACAUGGCCAUCGGGCACCACCCUGCCCAGAACUCAACCUGCCCCAUCGCGGGGUCGGCUGCUUGCACCACCCUGCCUAGAACUCGACCUGCCUCAUCCUGGCUGCUGCCCGCACCACUCAGAGCAUGAGCUAAAUAUCCGUGGUUUUCAUCGGAGACAGCAUGGAACGAAUUUUGCACGUUUGGUGUUUUGAGCAUGGAGUGUUACUUCUUUAAUCUCUGCUCUGCACACCAUUCUUACUGUGAAUAUUUUUAAAUAAAAACUUAAAAAAAGGUUUUUUUUUUAAGGUGGAAAUGAUUAUGGCAUAUUUGAUGUAAAUUAAAAAAUAAUUAUAUAAUACAUGUAUUGUUUUCACUA